AUGCUAAGAUGGCUUUCUAACGCCACCAGCCUCGAGAACCUUGUUCUUUCUGGCUGUGGGAGCUUGUCUUAUGAGUCGCUACAAGUUGCUCUAGGAGCUCUCAGUAAUCUGAAGGGAUUGGAUUUGUCAUACAACUUCCUUCAAGGAACAAUUCUUGGAAUUCUGAACAAUGUCAGCAGCAGGGGCCUGAAGCACUUGGAUUUGAGCUUCAAUCAAUUAUCUGGAGAUAUUUCUCCAAGGAGCCUUAGAGACCUGGAGUACCUAGACUUAUCAACGAAUUCUAUUGUCAACGUACAUAUCUUAGCUUCUCUGGGGAAUCUCACAAACUUGCGACAUUUAGACUUGGGGGGCAAUUCAAUCAGUGGCGAAAUUCCACCAAUCGUGGGAGAUUCUGUCCGAUUGGAGUUCCUAGAUUUGUCCGAUAAUGACAUCAUUGGAGAAAUACCACAGAGCAUCGGCAACCUCACCAACUUGAUAAUCUUAGAUUUAUCAUACAACAAUAUCGUCGGAAGCAUUCCAGAGACUUUUGGUGCUCUCAUCCGUAUGAAGCUAUUAUAUCUCGAUGACAAUCAAAUUUCUGGAGAAAUACCAGCAACCAUUGGGGGUCUCCAAAACCUGCUUGAGUUGAUUUUAAAAGGCAACUCAUUUACUGGACAAAUACCUGAUACGAUUGGCAGACUCCAUAGUUUGAAGUACUUGGACAUAUCAAAUAAUAAUUUAUCAGGAGCAAAAUUUCCUGAUUGGAUUCAGACUCAACAGCGAUUGCAAGGGCUUUAUCUAUCUGGAGUUGGGGUCUCAGAUCUAUCAAAUAAUCAUUUCUCUGGCGAAAUCCCUAAAGAGCUGCCCACACUUGUCGGACUGCGCUUCCUAAACUUAUCCAACAAUCAUUUGACGGGGAUGAUUCCAGAAAACAUCGGUGACAUGAAACUAUUGGAGUCGCUUGACUUAUCAGAGAACAGUCUCACCGGAGAGAUACCUUCAAGCUUUUCUGCUAUGUAUUUCCUGGCUCAUUUGAAUCUGUCUUACAACAACUUAUCCGGAAAAAUACCCACGAGUGGUCAAUUGUCGACCUUUGACUCAUGGACAUAUGUGGGUAACAAAGACCUUUGCGGUACGCCAUUGCCAGCUUGCCCUGUUUAUCAAACUCCACCCGAUGCCAGAGUUAAAGAUGAUGAGAAGCUCGACAAAUUAUUGGAGUACACCAGUAUUGUGGUUGGCUUCUGGCUGUUUAUUGGCACUCUCAUCAUGAAGCAGGCCAUCAGAUUCGCUUUCUUCCGACGGAUCGACAAAACCAGCGACUGGGUCUAUGUUCAGUUUGCAGUAAAGCUUGCGAAGCUCAAAUCCAAAUGGCAAACGAUGACAUGA